AUGAGGCUUUUCUGUACAACGAAAGCCGUAGUGGAGAUUGAGGAGCCUAUCAGACUAUUAGCGGUUUUAGACAAUGAGAGAGAUGAAGUAAUGCUUAAGCGCGCCGCUCCUGAAUUACUCAACAAUGAGAUUCCACCUCUUGUUGCAUCGAGGAAUAGUAGUGCUUUACCUCUAGCUACACUACCCGCAGCCUAUAACAGAAUUACGAUCAAAAGUGUUAGCGAACUGAACUACGGAUUAACCACCUUAGUGAACUCUAAUACGG